AUGUAUGUGUAUAAUCUGCUUUUCGUUGUAAUAGUUUUUAGCUAUUGUGCAAAAUCCUUUAAUUAUACAAGCUGCGAUCACGCAAAGCAGCCAAAGUUUUUGAGCUCAUGCUGUGAUGUUCAAAAAAACGACAAGGCCAUCAAUUCGUGUCGCAAGUCCUUGCUGGGCAAUAAUUCAACCAAUUCGAAUGGGGAAGUGCGCAAUCUUAAGUCGGAUAAAGUGGCUUUGCAUGCAUGUAUUGCGGAGUGCUCCUUCAGGACCAAUGGAUUCUUGUUGAGCAAUGGCACUGUUAAUACCCAGGCAUUGCAGAAGAGCUAUCAGCAACGCUACAAAAACGAUCCGAAUAUGUCGCAACUGAUGUUGAAGAGCCUCAAUAGUUGCACGGACUACGCUAGGAAGCGGGUGCAGGAGUUCCAAUGGAUGCCCAAGAAGGGCGACUGCGACUUCUAUCCUGCCACCUUGCUGGCCUGCGUCAUGGAAAAGGUCUACAUCAACUGCCCGACCAGCAAAUGGAAAAACACCAGCGAUUGCACAGCGAUGUGGAAAUAUUUGGUUGCCUGUGAUGAUGUGGCCAGUAAUAAGAAGAAAUAG